AUGCUAUGUUUGGAUAAAGAGGAUGAGAUAAAAUUUUGCAAAAAAGUCUACGCGCCGAGAAAUAAGCAGGAGGGGAGCAAACGCCCCACUCGUGGGGGUGGAGCGGACGAGCGGGAGCACCUCCGCAAUGAGCAGAAUGGCCCAAGUGAUCCCACUUAUCCCAGUGAUCGCAGUGGCCCGAAUGGCCCAAAUAACGCGGCGCUGGGCGGAAACGCCCCGAGCAACAGCGCCGACGAAACAUUCACCGACGAAGUAAUUUACAUAAAUACCAGCUUUUGCAACUCCUUCGUCUUCAUAAUCACGAAAAUUUGCUUCUACGUGUUUGACAAUUACGAUUUUUCCUUCGUAAGUUUAUACGCUUUAAAAAGUGACCAUGUUGGGACGUACGGGCACCACAGCAAGGUGGUUUUAUCGCCCAUCGAUAACACUAUAUAUAUCGUCAGCACAAAUUUGAAAUAUGUCUACACGUAUAAUGUAGCGAACAAGAACGACGUUGUUAUGUUGGACUAUGAAAAGAAUGCACACUCGAUAAAUAUUUUGGAAUAUUCUGAUGAUGAUUCCAGUGAAAAUGAAAAUGAAUAUUAUGCUUACAUCACCUAUAUUAAGAAAAAAUAUAGGAAAAAAAAAAUUCAUAAAUAUGUGCGUAUAAAAUUGCUGACCGUUCUGUACCUCCCCAUUCCCUCCAAUUGCCUGAUGAUAACGAAAAGUAACAUUUUAUUUUUUUCUUACAACACGGAUGAAAUAUUCAUUUCGGAAAAUGUGAAAUCUGUCUUGGCUGCCUCCUCGCGUCAAGCCAGGGGGGCGCCUCGAAGCAGCGUCAUUCCCAACGAUGGAAAAAAUGACGCACAUAAGAAGAAAUUGCUUCCAAACGGAAACAGGGGCGAUAGUAACGAUGGUGUGAACAAGGUUGUUAUUAACACACAGAUUGUAAGUCUUAGGGGAAUUUAUUUUAGGAGAAGAGCAAGGGGGGGAAGCAGAUUGGCCAGAACAACUAAAGAGGAAAAUAAUAAAAUGUGCAGAGGGAACCACGCGCGUGCAGAUAGCAAGCACAUGUUGAGUCAUCUCCAACGAAUUAGUGAAAAACAAAAAUUGGAAAAAAAAACUGGCCGUGUAUAUUAUUCCUCCAAAAAAGGGUGGAAAGUUCGGGCGCGCGUGGGGAGAUUUUCCGCCCUUCAGCAUGUGGAGGCGUACUGCGACCGGCUGAGGCGCGGCUUGCUUCCGUCGCGCGGGGGUGACACGGAAAAACGGAGGCGGGAAAAAAAAAGGAGCAACAAUGAUGGCAGUAGAAGCGGUGUCAAUCGAAGCGGUGCCAAUCGCAGCGGUAACGGCAGUGCCAGUCGGACGAAGCGCCAGCCGGGCUGGGAGCGCUGCAGACCCACCUACCUGCACAGCGCCAACCGAGAAAACAACCUGCACAAGUUCAUAAAGAGCAAAAAAAUGGGCCCAACAAAUAAGCGCAUGAGACGAAUCGCCAAGGAAGGAAUAGUAAAGGUAGAAUUUAGCGAGCACAACGAUUAUGUGUUGCUACUAAGCAGAGAGGGAGAUUUUUACAUUUUCUCCUUUUUUCGUCAUUUUUUCAAUGUCCCGAAAAGUGAGUCCUGUUACCACUCUGGGAGGAAAGUCCACGCGGGGCACUUCAAUAGGGAGAAAAUGUCAAGCAGAGAGGGUCAAAAAAUGCAAAAAAAGAAAAUGCAGGAAGGGAGGGAACAAGGAAGUAGUCCUAACCACUGCAGGAGGGAUAAAUGUAACAGAGGGGAUGCCACGCACAAGGAAGAACUAACAACCCCCCAUAAUGAAACCCAUUUCAGCAAUAACAACGUAAGGAAGAGAAAACCCAAACCGGUCAUUGGCAUAUACGUGGGCUCCUCCAUAAUAGACGUGAGCAUGAACAUCUACAGAAAAAUGAUCCUAGUGAUAACCCAAAAUUUGGUCGUAAAAGCAUAUGGGAUUUAUCCAUACGUGUGCAAGCAUACCUUCCAAAAGAGCAUAUUCACAAUAGACACAUUUAAUGCGUGGAGCAAUUCACCCCAUUAUUACAACUUCCUCCUGUGGAACAAGCAACAUAAUUUUUUUCUCAUUUCUGUAAAUCAAAACAGUUACUACAUUUUUAACACGAAUGGGACUUUGUACUAUUCGAUGAAGCAGGACUCUUCCUCCCCUGAUGGGUCAAGUGAAAAUGUGAACCACCUAGAAUAUAAUCACCAGGAUGGUUCUCCUCAUCGGAAUGAUGAAGAUAAAGGGAGGGAUCAUUCGCCUCCACCAGGGGUAGCCUCUCCAGAUGGUGUUCACCCCAAGGGAAGCGCAAAAAAGAGAUCCCCAAUCUGCAGAAAUCGAUUGGCUAGCCAUAAAAAGAAUAGCAUAAAACACACACAUGUAAACAUAUCCUUCGUCUUUAACGAUUUCAAGCUGUUUCAUGCGAAUGGGAAAGACGAACGGCACCACUACAUCAAAGUGAAAAAUUUUUUGUACCUAAAUGACAUAUAUAGUAACAGCAAAACAUUCCACUAUAAUAGUAACUACUAUACAAAUGAGAAGAGUCAGAGGGUCUACAUUGGCCUAAAUAACAUCGUCAUGUUUGAUGCGAACGUAAAUAAUUUUAAUUUGAAUAAUCACGAGAAAAAUGUCGUAAACAUAAAGGAAAUUAUAACCCCUUUUAAGUACGUGAAGAAAUGCUACUCCAAUUUUAGCAACACAUAUAUGCUGGUAAUUUUUAAGUCCAUCUGCAUUUACAGCUUUCAAAAAAAAGCCUUUUCUUUUUUUAUUGAUGAUUAUCUGAAGUUUUUUUUUCACAACUAUCCUGCGGGAUGGCUGUUUGAUGAUAUUUUUUUUGUCACAUGUUUGCACAACAAAUAUGAUGAAAGUAAUUUUCGGCACUUCAAGAGGAAGGACGACUUGGGCGCUGGGAGGGGCGGCAUCUUUUUCAGGCGGGCCAUGACUGGCGAGGGCAGCAUGAGCUUCGAGUUGUUCAGCAUGGACUACGGGACUGCGGAGGUGCGAACGGCGCGCAGUGCACUUGGAGAAGCGGAUGGAGAGGGAGAAGCAGAUGGAGGGGAAGGAGCAAACGGGGAGGAUGAAUCAAACGGGGAGGAUGAAUCAAACGGAGAGGGAGAAGCAGACGGAGAGAGCGAAUCGUUCGAGUCGCUCGAAUCAGACGGGUCGUCCAGAUCGUCCAAAUCGUCCAAAUCGAACGCGCAGCCAGCCCCACCGCUCGAAGGCCCCCCGAGGGGCAAAGACGUCCGCGAAAAAACGGAGAUCUCCAAAGCGAACAGAGACCAUCGCACUGUGGAGGAAUGGAAGCUGCUCAACUAUCUCUUCAACUUUAACCAUAACGAAUCGGACAUGUACUACAAAUACUUUGAGGAGUAUUUUAACACCAACAAGGGGAACAUAUAUACGAAGCCGUUCUCCGUGUUUUACAAUAAUUUCUUCCUGAAGGAGGAUGAAAAUGUGUUUUUAGGGGCUUAUCUGAUGGAAGAGCGCACAGGGGAGGAGACAACCCCGGGAGAAGUUCCCCCUAAAGAUGGUGAAAAGGGGCCAAGUGGUGAUCAAAACCCACCCCACGCUGCAGAACCGCACAUUGAUGAGAAAACGCACCUUACACAUAACUACUACAGCGAGUUGCAAAGCAAAUUGGAAGCUUUCGCACAAUCGAGCGUAAUUUUUGGCAACGCGGAAGAUGGAAAGAAGGAUGCUAGCUUGGGGAAAAAGCGCCGCAAUAGUGAAGACCAAAACGGGGAGAGCAGCUUUUCAUACGAAAGUAGCACUUCCCUACAGAGUGAUGCAAGUGUGUGUGAAGGAGGAGCAAGUAAUUUUAAAAAAAAAAACAUCAAAGGAGAUAGCUCCCAUUAUGGAGUCCCCCCGUAUGAUGACACUUACGGUGCCAAAGUAAAAACAAAUGAAAGAAAAAAAAACGAACAACAGUACGUAACGCAACUGACACGCUGGUAUGAAGAAAUGAUAAGCAAAAAUAACUUCUAUUAUGUGAUAUACCUUUAUAACAUAAAUAAUGCUUUGCGGUUUAGCAACUACACGUUGUCUAUAAAGCUGCUCUAUAGGCCUAUAUUGACCCAUGUUUACUACGACAAAAGGGGCCUACUUGAAGAGGAAGACGGGGAGAGAAGAGGGGAGACGAACAAACAGCCCAACGAGGCCACUUCAGUGAAUACACCCAAAAUGAACCACCUAAUCAGCGAAAGAUUUUUAAUAGUGCUGGACGCAUUUUACAAUUUAUUCUGCUUUAAAAUUAGUAAAGUAAAAAGCAAAGAUGCAGAUAAGCAGGAAUAUUUUCUAAAAUCAGAAAACGUUUUUAUUUUGCCUCUAAAUAGGGACAACCGAUUUAUCGAGCCAAGUUGCUUCUACGCUCUCUUCGACAUCUUCCACUACGUGUUUCUUAAUUAUGACAAUUCGCUUCACUUUCUGCAUAUUUAUGUAGACAGGAACAAUUGCUACGAUUUUGAAUUUACGCGCACCUUCAGCACGAGGGUAGACUAUCUGGAAGUUGUGAGGGGGCAGAAUUACUCGAAUGGCGCGCAUUACUACGCCCUGCCGGCCCCGAUAAAAUAUAUGUGGCCCCCCCCAAGUUAUUACACCUAUUUGCUGUACUACUACGUCGUUUAUGCGUUGUAUGGCAUUAAUAGGGCAUACAAGCAGACGCGUGGCAAAUUUACAAACGGACUCUCUGCAAGUGCGAAGGGGGGAACGGUGAAUGGUGAGGGGGAAACACAUGCAGACAAGGGGACGCAAAAUGAGGAACAUGCCCCAAUGAUGGGAUCAUUAAACGGGGCAGCGGCACCAUCUGCGGGAAGUGCCAACCAUUUUGAGGAAUUGAAAAAUUGCCAACCGAGCGAGUGUCCAGUUGAGGCACCCUCCCUUGACUUCUUCACGCUGGGCCCAUCGGAGGGGAGCAAGCCAAACGAAAAGAGCAAAUUAUUUGAGAGCAUUUUCAAAGACAAGCUAAAUAAACACUCAGAAAAUUAUAAAAGUCUGGUUCGAUUGAAAAAAAAAUUGAAUCGUGUAGACUUGAACCGAUGGGAAGGAUCCAAAGAGGAAGCGCUUCUCCACCUCAGCAAUUUUAGGCACAUUACAAAUAGUGCCCCUUUAAGUGAUAGGCCUACUUUGCGUAGAAACCAAACGAACGAACAGUAUGAGGAGAGGGACGCUCACUUGGGAAAAGCUGGCAAAACGUUUGAAGGCCGCUCCACAUGGAAGGGGCAUAACACCUUGCUGGAAAAUUUCAUCCUUUCAGCAAUUCCUCAUAUAACACACCGUGGAAACAAAAUUGCAAGUAAGCUAAACAGGACGGUGCUGAAAUACAGCUUCUAUUCCAUUCUGGAAGAGCUCGAGAAUAGGGAGAAAUCUUGCUACGUCUACCUGAGCAGCAACAACAGGAUGAGCGUAAUAAGUGUGAGCGAGUGCCCCGACCAGUUUUGCCUCCUAAACGCAUUAAAGUGUGUCGCCCUGUUUGGCAGCCAGAGGUAUGUCAAUUGCCCGCUAGUGAUUUACCGGCAUGUAGGGCUAUCCCGCUUUGCAGAUGAUUACAACGCCCAUUUGCAUCACACGGUGCACCACAUGGGAUUGUGCAUACACAUCGUGUGCAGCCAAAUAUGGAAGGGGGAAAAGAAAAAGGCGUUACCUCUCAAGGGGGAGAGAAACACGUCUGGAAAGACAAACACACCAGGGACGACUGAACCAGAGAAGUCGAAAAAAAUUGCAACAAACAAGCGGAACACAAAUCAUGCCAAUUCGUUUCCACCCCCCGCUUCUUACGACGUAAUAAGCUUCAAAAUAAACAGCUACAUUAACACAAUUUUAUUUAAAUAUUUCAAACUGUACAGUGACGCAUACUCCUACAAAAGUGGGAAGUACCAACCUGUGUAUGAUUCAAAAUGGAGAAAAAAAAAACUUGGCGGAAUCAUCAUUAACAUUGUAACGAAAUACGUCACUUGGCACAUCUUCGCUACCAACAUUUUGGACAUCGUUUUGUAUAAAUCGCUUAACAAGCUGAAUGACCUCUACGUUGCGGCAUAUAAAAUUAUUUACAACUACGUCAUCAGGCUGAGUAAUUCUCCUUACUAUGACAUGUUUACUAGAAAGGGAAGAGACGAUGCCAUUUUGAAUAUAUCCUCUGCGGUUUUAUACACCCUCUUUUUGUCGAAGCGGUACAGAGAGAGGAGCUCCACCAGCAGGUUAGAGGAGGCUCUGUUUCGUCGAGUGUUUGGUGUGAACGAUGCCCAUCCGGGUGAAGAACCGCCUUUGGGAGAAAAUAGGAAAGCAGCGGGGGGGACAAAGCGGAAAGAUGGAGAGAAGCAAAACGGAGGGGUAGACAAAUCGAACAAAAAAUUAAAGGAAAAAUUCAUUUCGUUUCUGAAGGAGAUGGGCACAAGUGUGUCCCCCAGCGACGCGCCCAAAAUUGGCCUUCUCAAGGAGGGUGUGAAAGAUGAGCGCGUUUACUGCGCGGUUCUGCAUUUGUUGAGGCUGAAGGGGGGGGCGGAAGCGGCAGGGGAAGCGUCCAUAGGAGUGUCAAACGGAGCGACCAAAAUUGCUUCCAAAAUUGCUUCCAAAGUAGCUUCCAACGUUGCUUCCAACAUUGCUGCCAACGAUGCUGCCCACCAACUGAGCAACCGCGCGACGGGCGGGCGAGUUCCCCCGUUCGACGUGCACACCGAUUACGCGUACAAAAUAAACUGCAACGUGUACUACGCUGGCCUAUACCUGCUGUGCGUGCUGAAGAGGAGGCACGUCUUCCACCUCAUGGUUCUCCUAAAAAUGUUGCGAAAAUUUUGCAAAUUUCACAUGGCAGAGGUAGUUAUCAACAUUAUAAGGAAAAUGGAUCCCUACGUGAGUGCCAUCCUGAUAUAUGCCCUCGGCAAUUAUAUGCCCCACGAUUUCAUGCAGCUUUGCCUGCCCAACCAGAGGUACAACGUCUGCUCCCUAUUCAUCAUUAAUGUACAGAACUAUCUGGGCAUAUACGACGUUCGGAAAUUUUAUUGCAUGUACUUUCUCUGUAUGAGUCUCAGAAAUGAUAUUAAGUAUGCGGAGGGUCUGAUCAACUUCAUGUCCAUCCUGUUUUAUACCCUCUUUGAAAAUAAGGGGAGAGACUACUCAUUGCAUUGCAACUAUUUCGGGCUGGGGGAAACGACAAAAAGGAAAAUCAUGGAGAGCGCCUUAGCAGGGAUGCACGGCAGUUGUGACGACCAUGCGGAUGGGGCAAACAGGGCAAACAGGGCGAACAGGGCAAACCAGACCAACCAGCCCAACCGUGAUAACUUCCUCUUUCUCCUUUCAUGCGCAAACGCUUUUAACAACCCCAAAUUGGGGAAGGCAGAUGGGGUGAGUCUCUUUCAAUUCCUGCUAGGAAGUGCCCACACCGCUGACGCCAUGCUGAGCAGGAGAAGCCGCGCCGCAGAGAGAGGUAGCCCAAACCAGAACAAUCAUUACGUACUGGAUGAAGAGCCACUACACACAGAGAGAAGAAAUAAACUCUCCCUGAAAAUCAAAACCUUCACUUUCAAGAAAUUCCAAAUGAACAAAAUUGUCUGCGAGUUUUUUUACAACCAGGAUGUGAUAGCCUUUUUGUUAAACAAUAUCGAUUCGUUCGCCAAGCUACACACGUGUAAUUUCUCCGUUUUGGGAUGCCCCUCCAAUCAGAGGGGACUCCGCUCAUCACCUUUAGAAGACGAACAAAGUGUGGACCUCGCAGAAGUGAAAAACAUCUACAUCAGGUUUAUCCUGCUGGUGCAGAACAUCGUGUGCUACUACAUUUACAACAUGCUGUGGUUCGAACUGUACUACUUUGUGACGGGCCUAAAGGUGGACGUUCUCUCCUUUUUCUCACAUUCGUACUUUUUCAAAUCGAGUUUGUUUCAGAACGUGUUUUGGGGAAUCUGCCCUGUUGACGUCUCUCAGCAGGGCUACACCGAUUGGGAAUUCCAUUUUGUGAAUUUUGACAACUCAGGAACGGUGCCCCAUGGUAGUGAGUCAGCCCAUAUGGGUGGCACCAUGUGGGAAGAGAAGACGGGAGCCGCGCAGCACACCCACGCGGAAAACCAUCCCAGGGGAAAGGACAAUAAGGGGGAUUGUAAAAAUAGCAAAGGGAAGAAGCGAAAUGGCUCUAAAAGGACCCCCCCCAGCGGUAGUAAUGAAGACCGUCGUGAGGCGGAUCACCCCAGUGGGGAGAAACUCCAGGGCGACGACGUCAGUCGCGGUAACGGUAUCGGUAACGCCUCUCCACCGCAAAACAUGUCGAGCACUUUCAAAGAGAACUACCAAGAGUUCACAAAACACAUGAACCACAUGAAAAUGCUGGGAGCAAUUUUUGACAAAGUGGAAAAAGAAAACCAAGUUAUUAAUAAGUCCUUUUCGCAGCAGGGGCCACAGAAGUGCUUUCUCAUCGACAUAUAUAAAUCGUUUAAGAGCCAUUUUAACACAAACUUCUGGAGGGCGAAGAAGGGGGACCUCAAAAGGAAGGACACCUCAAGCGUGAGCGAAGAAUACACGCGCAACGUGUCCAAGACGGAAAUACAAAAUGAAAAAAACAAGUAUCGCGAAAAUUUAUAUUCAUACAAUAUAUACAAUAAACUCACAAAUUACAAUUUUCUGGAAACGCAUUUUGCCCCUUCUGUUUAUAAAUACAUACCUAUUUACAACACGUUAAAAUAUUUAUACUAUUUCUUUCGUGUGUGUAAUGUGAAGAAUACGGAAUAUCCCAAGAGGUUCUUAAAAUAUAAAAUUAAGAAAAGAAUUUACAAUUAUAUUUGUUCCACCAUUGUGGAUCUUAAGGGGAAAGCAAAGUGCGGGGAGGAUAAAAAUGUUGGGCAGAAAAAAAAAAAAAAAAAAAUUUCAUUUAUUGAAACUUGCUGCAUUCACAAAAAUGACAUCAUCUGGUUUUUAUUAAGACUUUUUUUAUUGUUAAAAUUGCCUAUUCAUGCUUUAGCGCUAACGCUGUAUUGUAAAAAUUACGUCAUGAUGAACAUUUUGAUGAGCAUAUUUCCCCACCUGCACCACAUCGUCAACUACAUUUUGAAUAUGAAUGGCACCCAUUUUUUGUAUAAAAAAAGGGAGGGAAGUGCGAAUAGGCAAAAUGGUACCAACGCAAAAAAUGAACAAAGUGAAAAUGCCAAUUUUAUCUUAUCCAGUGAAGAAUUCAAUAGGAAACUUUGCGAGUACUGUUAUGAGCAUAUUCUCCACUACAAGCGGAAAAGCAUAACGCCUUUUUCGGAGAAAAUCUGCCAAAAAAUUUAUGGAAAAAAAAUCUGCGACGGGGAGGACACCUCCAGUAUAUAUGACCAUUACAUGUCAUGCGAAUGUUUGAACAAUUUAGUUUUCCUGAGGAAGGAGCUGUCUGAUUUGAGGAGAAGCAUAUGA